AAGAGAAAACUCAGUUCGCAAUUCACCGUCGACAUUUCAACAGUUAAGCGAAUUUGUUCAGUUCUGCAAUUAACCAAAAUGAGUGCUGGUAAACAUUUGGCCAAAGGUUCCCCCAAGCCUGUCCUCCCUGACGAUGGAGUCCUCCGCCUGUACUCCAUGAGGUUCUGCCCCUACGCUCACCGAGCCCAUCUCGUCCUGAACGCCAAGAAUGUGCCCCAUCACAGCGUCUACAUCAAUCUCACCGAGAAACCAGAGUGGCUGGUGGAAGUGAGUCCGUUGCUUAAGGUGCCUGCCCUGCAGCUGGUGGCGGAGAAGGGUGAGCCCUCGCUCAUCGAGUCGCUGAUUAUUGCCGAGUAUCUGGACGACAAGUACCCGGAGAAUCCGCUGCUGCCCAAGGACCCAUUAGGGCGGGCCCAGGACAAGAUCCUGCUGGAGCGCUUCAGCGGCAUCACCAGUGCCUUCAUGAAGAUCCUCUUGCAGGGCACCGGGCUGGAUGAUUUCUGGACGGCACUUGAAAUCUUUGAGGAGGAGUUGACCAAGCGGGGCACCCCAUACUUUGGCGGCAACAAGCCCGGCUUCGUGGACUACAUGAUCUGGCCCUGGUUCGAACGCCUCUCUGUAAUCGAGUUGAAGUUGCAGAAGGAGUACAACUUCAACGAGAGUCGCUUCCCCAAGAUCAGCAAGUGGAUUCCCCUCCUGAAGGCGGACUCGGUGGUGCAGUCCUUCUAUGUCACUCCCGAGCAGCACAACGAGUUCUGGCGCACCCGCGCGACCGGCAAGGCAAACUACGAUCUGCUGGCUUAGAUCAGUACUGAAAAUGAAACUAUAACAAGGAGAUUUCAUAAUAAACAUAAAAACUAAAAUA